AUGGCAGAUCAGAAGGAACAGUCGUCUUAUGAGGGCGUGGCAAGCCAUAUAGAGUCCAUGGUGGACGAAAACGCGCCCCCUAAAAUAUCCCCGGACGAUUUGAAAGAUGAAACCAGGGUCGAUCCAGAUAAUCCACAGAACUGGUCACUCGUGGCCAAAUACACUACCUACCUGACAAUUUGCGCCUUCACCUUUCUAGCUAACGUCAACUCGAGCAACUUCACCGUCGCUACUAAAGCCAUUAUCCAAGAAUUCCAUGUCACACAAACACAAGCAGGCGAGCUUGUCUGCUUCAAUGUCUUCCUCUUCGGUUUGGGUAACAUCGUCUGGGUUCCUCUAAUGCGCGUCGUCGGCAAACGCCCUGUCUAUCUCCUAGCUAUGAUAAUCCUCUGCAUGAUGAACGUCUGGUCCAGUCAGGCGGCAAGUUAUCGCGAACUGCUCGCUUCGCGGAUUCUAUCUGGUUUCGCUGCUGCCGCAGCUGAUGCCACCGUGCCUGCUGUGGUUGGCGAUAUGGUAGCUCCCCAGGAGCGCGGGCAUUAUCUGAUGGUUUUCCAUCUGGCCAUGACAGGUGGGCUAUUUGUUGGCCCAUUGAUCAACGCGUAUUUAGUUCAGGAGCAGGAUUGGAGAUGGAUGUGUUACUUCUUGGCUAUCGCUGUUGGAGUUGUGUUCGUUUUCGCGGUCUUUACGAUCCGUGAGACGUCUUAUCUUCAGGAGGAUGGUGUUGGGACCGAGGAAAAACGGACACAGCGGCAGUGGAUGUCCCUAUCUAUUGGAUACGACCGACAGGCCACGUUUGUUCGGACUUUGAUGGAUAUCUUGACCAAUGCUGCAUAUCCUCCGUUGAUUUGGUGUGCUUUCACCAUUGGAAUUUCUGUGGGAUGGAACAUUGUUGUGCAGCUAACCGCGUCGCAAACCUUCACUGCACCGCCCUAUGACUGGCCCGCAGGGAGCAUGGGUCUCCUCUCCCUGUCCGGAUUUAUUGGAUCCGUUCUAGCCUUCUACGUCGGAGGCCGACUGAUCGACAUCAUUUCGACCCGGCUAACGCAUCAUCGCGGAGGUCAACGAAUCCCUGAGUACCGACUUCCAGCCAUUGCGAUCCCAGGCACGAUCGGACCAGCGGGUAUCCUGAUCUUCGGCCUGUGCAUCGCCAACCGGACACACUGGAUCGGGGCAGCGUUUGGAUAUGCUAUGCAAGCAUUUGGUGUGGCAGCUAUUUCGAACGUGGCUGUAACUUACUCGCUAGACUGCUAUAAACCGGUCGCUGGCGAAGCCCUAGUAAUCAUCUUCGUCAUCCGCAAUACGAUCGGGAUGCUACUAUCAUUGUACGCAUCGGAUUGGAUCACUCGACAGGGUGCGGCGGCGGUGUUUGGAGAGAUGACGGCGAUCCAGGUUGCGAGUAUCUUACUAGCCAUUCCGUUGUUCUUCUGGGGACGACGGCUGCAUCGUACUACUUUAAGAUAUGGGCCUAUGAAGCGGUUUCAGGACGGACAGUAG